GCCUUCCCUCUGAAGAACUACAAGAUGAGUGUCUGGAGUUGGCUUACUUUCCCUCAGGGGAUGUUACUGUACCUUGCUCUCCAAACAGCUGCUGUUCAACUCCCCACUGAACUUCACAACUGUACCAGCAAUGGUCAGAAAAUCUCGUUCAGCCACUCGUACAAGAUUGACCUACCCAAAUCAUCCCAGAUCAAGGUGGAGGCAGACCCGUUGCCGCUCAAAGAUGGCAGUCAUGUGCUGCUUGCUGCUGGGGAUGCGGACGAAGAGGAGGAGCAGAAUAUCAUAUUCAGGCACAACAUCCGAGUUCAGACACCGAGAGGUGACUGUGAAGCUUUGGGACACAUCAAAGAUCUGCGGGAAAGGAUGGAAAAGAUGGAGAAAGAAAUGAUGGUACUCAAGGAGACCUGCAGUAUACAGAGGUGCUGUGUGGGAGUCCAAGGUGUCUCGAAUUGCAGUGGCCAUGGAACUUUCAUCCAAGAGAUCUGUGGAUGUGACUGUGAUGAAGGCUGGGAGGGCAGCGAUUGCUGCCACCCCAGCUGCCCCAACAAUUGCAACGGCCAUGGACGCUGCAUUGAUGGCAAAUGCAUCUGCAGUAAACCCUACGCUGGUGAAGACUGCAGUCAGUAGCUGUGCCCUAAGAACUGCAGUGGCAAUGGGAUCUGUAACAAUGGUGUGUGUCAGUGCUAUAGGGAGUUCAUGGCAGAUGACUGCAGUGAGAAGAGAUGCCCCAACGACUGCAGCAGCAACGGUUUCUGUGACAGUGGGGAGUGCUACUGCCACGAUGGUUUCAUUGGGCUUGACUGCUCCCAGGUCAUUGCACCUCAGAAUGUGCAGCUGCUGAAGAUCACGGAAGAUUCUUUGACCUUCAGCUGGGAUCAGGUGCUCGACGCGGAUUAUUACCUCCUCAGCUAUUAUCCAAUAGGGCACGAGGCCUCUGCAGUACAAGUCCAAGUGCCAAAAGGACAGCUCAGCUAUGAGAUCCCAGGCCUUCGCCCCAGCACAAAGUAUCAGAUCACUCUUCAUUAUGUGAAGAAGGGGAUUUCCAGUAACUCAGAACACCUACAAGCAAGGACAGCCCUAUCUGCAGUUAGCGCUACCUGGGUGACAGAGGAGAUGGAGAACUCGCUGGAAGUGGAGUGGGAGAACCCCCCAACAGAGCCGGACUAUUUUAAACUGAGAUUCAGCUCACCGCAAGGGCAGGAGAAGGAAGUGGCGGUGCCUAAAAGCAGUGACCCCAAGAGCAGAUACAUCAUCAGCGGCCUGAAGCCUGGCACAGAGUAUAAGAUCAUUGUCAUAUCUGUGAAGAAUGAAAUUGAAGGAAAACCAUCUGUAGUGAAUGGCCGCACUGGAAUAGACAGCCCAACUAACCUGAAGACCGACCGAGUGACAGAGGACACAGCUACCAUCUCCUGGAACAGGGUCCAGGCUCCCAUUGACAGAUACAUGGUGAGCUAUACCUCAGCUGAUGGGGACACCAGAGAGAUAGCUGUGGGGAAAGACCAGAAUGCCACUACCCUGAUGGGUAUGAAGCCAGGCAUGGAGUACGUGAUCUACAUCUGGGCUGAGAAGGAAGGCCUGCAGAGCAAGAGAGCCACCACUAAAGCUGAGACAGAAAUUGACAGCCCAACAAACCUGGUGAUGGACCAAGUGACAGAGGACACAGCUACCAUCUCCUGGAAUGAGGUGCAGGCUCCCAUAGACAGAUACAUGGUGAGCUACACCUCAGCUGAUGAGGACACCAGAGAGAGAGCUGUGGGGAAAGACCAUAGCACCACCACCUGGGCUGAGAAGGGAGGCCAGCAGAGCAAGAGGGCAAACGCUAAAGCUGUGACAGAAAUUGACAGCCCAACUAACCUGGUGACCAAUCGAGUGACAGAGGACACAGCCACCAUCUCCUGGAACAGGGUCCAGGCUCCCAUAGACAGAUACAUGGUGAGCUACACCUCAGCUGAUGGGGACACCAGAGAGAUAGACGUGGGGAAAGACCAGAGUACCACCACUCUGACGGGUCUGAAGCCAGGCCUGGAGUACAUCAUCUACAUCUGGGCUGAGAAGGGAGGCCACCAGAGCAAAAGGACAAACACCAAAGCUGUAACAGACACUGACAGCCCAAUUAACCUGGUGACCGACCGAGUGACAGAGGACACAGCCACCAUCUCCUGGAACAGAGUCCAGGCUCCCAUAGACAGAUACAUGGUGAGCUACACCUCAGCUGAUGGGGACACCAGAGAGAUAGCUGUGGGGAAAGACAAGAGCAUCACAACUCUAACAGAUCUGAAGCCAGGCAUGGAGUACAUCAUCUACAUCUGGGCUGAGAAGGGAGGCCAGCAGAGCAAGAGAGCAAACACGAAAGCUGUGACAGAAAUUGACCCUCCCAAGAACCUCCAUGUAUCAGAUGUGACACAGUCCAGUGGAGUAGUUACCUGGACACCGCCUGCUGCACAGAUCAGUGGCUACACUCUGACCUACGAGACUCCAGAUGGCACCAGCAAGGAAGUGCAACUGGGUCCUAAUGAGCAAAGGUUCAUACUGGAAGGCCUGGGACAAGGAGUGAGGUACACAGUCUAUGUGGUGGCCUUUAAGGGAGACCGCCGGAGCAGAAAGGCAGCCAACACCUUCUUGACAGUUGUCUUCCUCUACCCAUAUCCUGCUGACUGCAGCCAGACCCAGCAAAAUGGGAAUGCUACCAGUGGCAUGUAUACUAUCUAUCUGAAUGGUGAUGCUGGCACGCCCAUGCAGGUGUACUGCGACAUGACCACCGAUGGAGGCGGAUGGAUAGUGUUUCAGAGGCGGAACACAGGGCAGCUGGAUUUCUACAAGCGCUGGAGGAAUUACGUCGAAGGCUUUGGAGAUCCCCUGGGGGAAUUUUGGCUCGGUCUUGACAAGCUGCACAACCUCACUAGCAGUACUCCCAUCCAAUAUGAGAUCCGGGUGGAUUUGCGAACCUCCAAUGACUCUGUCUAUGCUGUCUAUGACUUCUUCCAGGUGGCUUCAAGCAAGGAUAAGUACAGGCUCUCUGUGGGGAAUUACCAAGGCACUGCCGGGGAUGCGCUGACUUAUCACAAUGGCUGGAAAUUCACCACCUGGGACAGGGACAAUGAUGUGGCUCUGAGCAACUGUGCGAGGUCGCACCAUGGCGCUUGGUGGUACAAGAACUGCCACUUAGCUAACCUCAAUGGCAAAUAUGAAGAAAACAAGCACAGUGAGGGGGUCAACUGGGCGCCAUGGAAAGGCCAUUUGUUCUCCAUCCCUUACACUGAAAUGAAGAUCCGUCCUCAAUGGUCCAGCAAUGAACCAGUCCUGGGGAGGAAAAAAAGGUCUCAGGCAGGGAAGAGGAAGACGACCAUGGCCUAAAAUGGCCUCCAAGCAGG